ACAAAACCCAUUAAUUUUUUUUAGAGGAAAUGUUAUAAUAUUUCCAUGAUAAAAAAAUUGAAAUGCUAACACAUGCACAAGGUUUUUUCAAACUUUUGAUAAUUAAUUUUUUCCAAUAAAUACUUGCUAUAUGAAAUAAUCUUAACAUACUCUUCCGUCUUAAAAUGUAAUAAAAAAUUGGUCAACAUAAGUUGAUGUAUUUGGUACAAAUUUUGAACAUAAUACAUUAAUUUUUAUUGAUCAAUUUUCGCUUACAUUUUUAAACGGAAGGAGUAUACUCUAAAGACACAUGUUAGUAGGACAUAAGAGAAUAAUCUUUUUCUAACUUCAUUGAAAUAUUAAUUUAUCUGGACUAUAAUAUAAACUGAAUACAUUAUCUAUAUUAUCUAUUCAAUGAAUUUGAAAAAGAAAAAAAAAACUCUUCUUAUAUUUUUUUGGUCAAGUAGUCUAGUGACUAGAGCUUACAUAAUUUAAUUGUGGAGGAGUGAGGUGUCCGGGGUUCGAACCCUGACCCCUGCAUAUGACAUGCAAUAUCCAUACCAACUGAGCUAAGCUUACCGGAUAAAUCUUCUCAUAUUUAAUAUGAAAGAGAGUAAUACAAUAAAAAUUUGAAAACAACAAACGCAAGAAGUAAAUACAAAGAAUUUGCAAUGGAAUCACCAUUGAAAAAUGUACAGUUCAUCACAAAGUGUCUCUUUCAUAUGAACCCAGCUGUUAAGUUUGCAGUCCAAACACUUUCCAAAAAAUUGACUUACUAAUACUAACCAACAACCUGUUAAGUCCAUAGUUCCCUUCUUUUGAGGACACAAUCCGCUAAUUUUCAAGGUGACGAAAUUUGCAUGUGAACUUUCUUCUUUUUCACCACCCACCAUUAUUUCCUUCACUGCUUCAAUAUAACUUUCUUGCAUCUAUUAUAGUCUUUCUUUCUAAACACAGGUAAAGGAGUUAUAAUUUAUAACAAGAAGGAGCAUAAAAUAUGGCAGGAAAUAAAUACAACGGUGAUUCCAAUCAUCAUCAUAUACCACCAGGACGUGUAGAAAGGCUAUUAAGGGAAAGAGAGUUGAGAAAAAGUGGAAUUAGUGGAAUUCAAUCAAGUAAUAAUAAUCAAAUGGGUGAUGUAUAUUUAGAACAAGAUCAACAUAAAAAUGAUGUUACAUCAUCAUCAUCAUCAUCAAUAGUAACUCAAAGGCAACAUGAAGAUCAUGAUGUUGUUGGAAAAUAUAAACAAAGGCUUUUGGUUGUGGCAAAUAGAUUGCCUGUGUCGGCAAAUAGGACAGGUGAAGAUUCUUGGUCUUUAGAGAUCAGUGCAGGUGGCCUCGUCAGUGCUCUCCUAGGCGUGAAGGCUUUUGAGGCAAGGUGGAUAGGUUGGGCUGGUGUCAAUGUCCCAGAUGAGGUUGGACAAAAGGCACUCACUAAAGCAUUGGCUGAAAAGAGGUGUAUCCCGGUAUUUCUGGAAGAAGAAAUUGUUCAUCAAUAUUACAAUGGCUAUUGCAACAAUAUAUUAUGGCCACUUUUCCAUUACCUUGCACUUCCACAAGAAGACCGUCUUGCUACCACGCGUAGUUUUCAGUCUCAAUUUUUGGCCUAUGAGAAAGCCAAUCAAAUGUUCGCUGAUGUUGUGAACCAACACUAUGAAGAGGGUGAUGUUGUUUGGUGCCAUGACUACCAUCUUAUGUUCCUUCCAAAAUGCUUAAAGGAACAUAAUAGUAAAAUGAAAGUUGGCUGGUUUCUUCACACCCCUUUUCCUUCUUCUGAAAUUCAUAGGACACUGCCUUCUCGUUCCGAGCUCCUGCUUUCGGUUCUUGCAGCUGACUUGGUUGGUUUUCACACCUAUGAUUAUGCAAGACAUUUCGUUAGUGCUUGUACUCGCAUUCUUGGACUGGAGGGUACACCUUAUGGGGUUGAGUAUCAAGGGAAGCUAACUCGAGUUGCCGCAUUUCCGAUCGGGAUAGACUCUGGACGAUUUAUACGUGCACUAGACCUUCCUCAAGUGCAGAAACAUAUCCAAGAAUUGCAAGAAAGAUUCAAAGGAAGAAAGGUAAUGUUGGGCGUUGAUCGCCUUGAUAUGAUCAAAGGAAUCCCACAGAAAAUUCUUGCAUUUGAGAAGUUUUUGGAAGAAAAUGCUUAUUGGCGUGAUAAAGUAGUUUUGCUUCAAAUCGCCGUCCCAACAAGAACAGACGUUCCUGAAUAUCAAAAGCUUACAAGCCAGGUUCAUGAAAUCGUUGGUCGCAUCAAUGGAAGAUUUGGAUCAUUGACUUCUGUUCCUAUUAAUCACCUGGAUCGCUCUCUUGACUUUCAUGAACUAUGUGCUUUGUAUGCAGUUACUGAUGUAGCGCUUGUCACAUCGUUAAGGGACGGAAUGAAUCUUGUCAGUUAUGAAUUUGUGGCUUGCCAGGAGAAAAAGAAAGGGGUUCUCAUUCUUAGUGAAUUUGCCGGUGCAGCCCAGUCUCUUGGUGCUGGAGCAAUUCUUGUCAACCCCUGGAACAUUACAGAUGUAGCUAGCGCAAUUGCAAGGGCAUUGAAUAUGGAACCUGAAGAAAGAGAAAAGAGACAUAAUCAUAAUUUUCUUCAUGUGAAAUCCCACACUGCACAAGAAUGGGCUGGAACUUUUGUAAGUGAACUAAAUGAUACUGUUAUUGAGGCACAACUGAGGACAAGACAAGUUCCGCCUCGGCUUCCAACUGAGAUUGCAAUCAGACGCUAUUUGGACUCAACUAAUAGAUUGCUCAUUUUGGGAUUCAACGGAACUUUAACUGAACCGGUUGAGAAAACAGGUGAUCAGAUUAAAGAAAUGGAACUUAAGGUGCAUCCAAAAUUGAGACAACCCUUGAAAGCACUAUGCAGUGAUCCAAAUACCACAGUAGUUGUGCUCAGUGGAAGUGGUAGAAAAGUCCUAGAUGAUAACUUCAAAGAAUACGACAUGUGGUUGGUAGCAGAGAAUGGGAUGUUUUUACAACCUUCAAAGGGUGAGUGGAUGACAACAAUGCCCGAGCAUCUGAAUAUGGAAUGGGUUGACAGCGUGAAGCAUGUUUUUGAGUACUUCACAGAAAGAACACCGCGGUCACAUUUUGAUUUCGAAGAGAGGGAAACUUCACUUGUUUGGAAUUACAAAUAUGCAGAUGUUGAAUUUGGCAAACUUCAAGCAAGAGACAUGCUCCAACAUCUGUGGACAGGUCCGAUUUCUAAUUCAUCAGUUGAAGUUGUUCAAGGGAGCCGAUCUGUUGAAGUUAGAGCUGUUGGUGUUACAAAGGGAGCAGCUAUUGACCGCAUCCUGGGUGAGAUUGUUCAUAGCAAAUCCAUGACAUCACCAAUUGAUUAUGUUCUCUGCAUAGGACAUUUUCUGGGGAAGGAUGAAGAUCUUUAUACCUUUUUUGAGCCAGAUCUUCCAUCUAUUGGUGUGAGUCUUCCGGGAAGUAAGGCAACAACAGAAGCAGUUAAGUUUCCCAUUGAGAAGAAACCGGCUUUGAAGGUCACCCCAACUAGUAGUAAAAAUGGACCAAAGUCAUCAUCUCAAACUAAGGCACAAAAGCUAGUCUCAAAUUCUGACCAGAAGAAAACAAAUAAUCAAAUUUCCAGUUCACAACGGCAUCCUGCUCCAGAAAAUUCAUCAUGGAACGUCCUUGACCUUAAUAAAGAUAAUUACUUCUCAUGUUCUGUUGGGCGAAAUCGAACGAAUGCUCGAUAUGUACUUGAUUCACCAGAUCAUGUUGUUGAGUUUCUGAUGCAACUAGCGGAUUCAUUACCGCAUUCUUUACCAUUUAGUUAAAUGAGUUGAAUAUAUUUUGUAACAAGUUUGAUUUUUUUUUUAUCCAUACAAAAGAAUUAUUCAUUUUCAAUCCCAAAACAUAUAUAAAUUCUGUGCUUUUAGCCCAGUACUUGUGAGUAUAAUAGUAUCUACCUCGCAAGCGAUGUGCUUAGCAAAGGUUUGAGUUGUGAAUGUGAUAAUAUGAUGAGGGCAUAAUUGUCCAAGAUACAAGUCAAGCAAUUCAAGGGCUAGGAAGACCAAUGACAAGGGCACAUACCAAGAAAGCUAGGGAGGCUCUAAAUCAAAUGGUGACCACAAUCAUUGAAGCAAAGACAACAAUAGAGGACUUGGAGGACAAAAUGGUCAAUUGCAUCAAACCAUUCGAAGAUGGGUUGGGCGCAUGCCAUGCUCCUCAUUUUAUUUAGUUUUAUGUCUUUGAUUUGUAAUAAUAAAAUUGGACCAGAAUUGUUUUAUUUAAGCUCAAUAUUGUUUUCUUUAUGCAAAUAA